AUGAACAUACAUUCCACUAAUUCCGAUUUUUACUUCAGGGCGUUAAUAAAAGGUAUAUCUUAUGAAAUAAACAGUCAAGGAGAAGCGAUGAAGCGACAAGCCGGUAGCACACGACUUCAAAUGUGCAAUUUGCCACCACUGGAACUACCCACUGCCGUUGACAAUUUUGUUUAUGUCCGAAUUAUUAACAUUGAAGGUAUGAAGAAAUUCUUCGGCACACUAGAAAGGAAUCGUUUUUUAUUGGAUGAUUUGCAGAAAAGGCUUAACGAUGUGAAGUCAGCCAGUUGUAAAUCCCUUUUCGAUCCAGCACUUGGAGAGAUUGUUCUCGUGAAGAUUGGUGAAAAAUUUGUUCGUGGAUGUGUUAUGUGCAAAACACACUUCAUGACAUGUACGACUUAUUUGGUUGAUUGUGGUCUCACAAUGGAGAUAGGAUUAGACCAGCUGUACGUGAUUGAUGAAGAAUUGCUGAAAAUACCUCCACAAGCUUUUCUGAUGUUGCUGGAUAUUGAUGUUGAAGAACCGUUGAUAUCAAACGAUGAGCUUAAAGCAAUGGUUAACGAUACUGUUGUAGCUUUCCGCUUGAAACAUGUCUCAGAAAACGGCGAAGCAUUUGUUGGUACGAUGAUAAUACAAAACCAAAAUGGAAAGAUUUAUGACAUAGCGAACAUAUUGCUAGAAGGUGUUCAGGCAUCAAACUUUUCUCAUAAAAAUAAAAGGCAGGCAUGGGACAUUGCUAUAUGUUUCUGUCAGGACUGUGAUCCAUUGCUACACGAUGAAAAUGAUCCUUCGGAACAUUCAUCUAUUGAUUUUGCAGAAGAAGAACGAUCAAUUAUCUCAUUGUAUUCAAGUAAUAGCGAGAAAGAUGAAAAGACGAGUGGUAGUUGCCCUGAAAAGCAACUGGUUUCAGCUGGAAAGUGUUUGCGAGCAGUACAUGUCUUGACUAAGAAUUCAGAGCCGGGUUUAUUUUAUUUGCAUUUUUUGGAUAAUCCAGCUGGCUUCGAAGAUUUGCACGUUUAUUCUACUUCUCUAUUUGGGAAGUACAAUAAUAUUUGGCACAGAUUGCUGCUGAUACCUGACCUCCAACAUGAUAUCAAAGAUGGUGGAGAAUUUGUACAGGUUGGCAGCACCAUCGGAUCGCAUGCAGCAUUUUUUUGUGAUAGCAAACAAGUGAAUGAGGAAUUGGGAAACCGAUUAAAAGCAGCGUUUGCAUGUCGGCUUUCACAUUCCGCCCCAAAACCCUUUAAUAACAAUAAAUACUCUGGUGAAGCAAAAUCAUAUUUUAUCGAAAAGUUUAUGAUCAAUCAGAUCUUUGAUGUGUAUAUAGUUAGAGUAUCACGCAAAUACGUUCUUGAAGUUGAAAUUUCAUUGCCAGAAGGAGAGAGCCUGUUCGACACAUUGUGCAAACUUGAUUUUGCACAACGUCGUUGGACUUGGAAGGUACCAUCAUAUAAUUUUGAGUCAAUAAAUGAAGAACAGCUCGUUCGGCGUACUGAUGAUGAGGAUGAUGUGCACAUGACUUUUACUGUGCAGUUUGAAAACAAACAAAAUGAUUUAAUUGAGUUUCAAAAGCACCUAAAACCCUACAAAAAUGUUCUGCUCAAUCCACAAAUUGGUGACAUCUGCAUUGUUGAAUGUGAAGAUCAGUUGUUUCGAUGUGAAAUAGUUGAUAUGAUCGAUGGAAAAAAAUCUUUUGUAAUAAGUUAUGUUGAUUAUGGCGAGGAGCAAGAACUAGAUGGAAAUUCUCUCUAUGCUGUUGAUAAUCAAGAAGAAAUAGUCUUCGAAACUCCAGUAUUCGGAAUCAAAUGUCGACUAGAAGAAAUACGUCCUGCUGGUAGAGGUUUAGAUAUACGAACAGGCACUUGGUCGCGUAAAGCACUCAAAUUAAUUAACAAUGUUAUUCCACUGAAUAAGGAAUUCAGAGCAUUUAUUGGUCCUCCUGAUUCAGACGGUGUCCAUCCGAUUCAGGUUGUUGACGAAACAUUGUUCCACAAUGAUUUGGCUACCACUUUGGUGUUAAAUGAUUUCGCUAUGUACAGCCACUGUAAUUAUUAUUCAUUAGCGAUAGAUUUAUUGCCAAUGAAGGAUUUUGAGAUGCAAUAUCUUAACGUUGAGGAUGGUAUUAUAUAUGGAAUCCCGAGUACUUUUGAAAUUUGGCUUAAGGAUUGCCAAAAUUAUUUGGAAAAGGUGUGGAUUUAUGACGUGAAGGCAUAUAAAAAAGAUAUAAAGGGUAUUAUUCUGCAUAAAGACAGAUAUCGCCGCGUCAUCAAAUUGCAUGAAGAAAGCAAGGAAUUAGGACAAGAAAGAUAUUUUCUUGUCGAUGAAGGGAAGACAGUCGAAUUUUGCGGGAAUUCUGGAAUAUCUUCUAUGAUAAGUUUUUCUGCAUUGAAAGAUCCACGUGCUGCAUUUUUCUUACGCACAUGUCCUGCACUAGCUGUUGGUUUCGUUUUAAGAGGCGAAAAGUUAUCAACGAAGCAUGAAGAAUUGUUGAAAAAUUUUUGUUCUGAAAAAAAGGAUGUGCACCUCAAUGUAUGCGUUAUCGGCAGAAUAAAAAAUGGUGUUUAUCCUGUUCGUGACAUGACAUUCACUGAUGGUACUACAUCUUUGGUUAAUUUACUGAACGACAACACUGAAUUAUUCGCAGGUGAUGAAUUGCUGCCGACCGAUAAAUUGCGGUCAAUCGACAAAGAUUCAUCGGUUUUUUUUUCACUAUCUAAAAGAUUAUCAGUAAUAGAGAUGAUCAAAUGGAAAAUGACAAUAUAUGCUGUGAAGGUUUUUUUAGCAAUGUUGGUCUUUUUAAAGAAUAUGAAAUUUCUGAAAGGGAAGUAG